AUGGCUCUUCCCCCGUCUCUCCAUGUCCACCCACAUUUCAAUGCGGAAGAAGCCGCCCAUGUAGUCACAGGGCUCAUUUCUAGCUUGGAAAACCUACCGGGAGAGGUCAAUUUCUUGCUUGAGGAGAUCCGAGAAAAGGAUAUUCGCAUUACCCAACUUAUUCAACGGAUCAACUCCCGCCAUAUCUCGCUCACCAAACCUAUCAAAUCCCUCUCCUCCUUGCCCCCGUCGACUGCCACUUUCCCUCUCCCCAUACCGCCCGGCGCGCCCCUCCCCACUUCUCACUUGACUCAAAAGGAAGCUCAAAAUCUCACCAAGAUACAAACCGAGUGGCAACAGAUCUCUGCCCUGCAAGACGAAAAGAUUCAUCUUGCUGAGCGUCUUGAACGGAUCGUCAACAGAGCAAAAGAGCGCGCCAAAGACCAUUGGGUCAAAGUCGGAGGAAUGUCGGUGGAAGAAGUCGAAAAAGCUGCGAAUGGGUUGGGAGAAAUGGGAGGAGGAGAGGUUGUUCUUCCCCCCGGUGGGCUGGGGAGCGGUUCGGAUGCCAGGGCGGUCAAGAAGCGAAAGGUGGUGGCAGCGCCCGUAUCGGUGCCAAAGGUGCAGCACCCUGCUCUGGCCAUGCCCCCACCUCCUGCACCGAGACCGUCCUUGUCGGCAAGGUCGUCCCAUUCCCAUGCGCCGUCGCCUGUUGGUCAUGGGUCACACCACGGCCCCACGGGCCACUCUCAUGGUCCUGGACAUCGGUCGUCAAGAAAGGUUUCGAUCAUGAGCGAUGAAGAUGCGGAUGGGGAGCCAGACGAUGCGGAUGUGGAUAUGAACGAUGCGGGGGAUGGAGAGGGGGAGACGGAUGAGACGCUGUACUGUAUCUGUCAGCAGAAGAGUUACGGAGAGAUGAUUGGGUGCGACAACGACAAGUGUGUCUACGAAUGGUUCCAUGUCAAAUGCGUGGAUAUCAAUGGGCCUCUGCCAGAAACAUGGUACUGCCCGGACUGUGUCUCCAGGUACGGCUUCUCGAAUGACAAGAAUAAAAAGUCUCGCAAGCGAUAA